AUGACGACGGCCCACAGACCUACGUUCGAUCCCGCACGCGGUAAAGAAGCCCAGCGAGGGCCCGCCUAUCAUCAGCGACUCCUACCAGCGCAUACGACACUCAAACACAGACAACCAGGCCAAGGCGGCGAUGCCGAUGCUCAACGCGACCUUCGCGCCGAACUUCUCGAGGCUGAGGCGCGUCACAUCGCGAAGAAGAACGGCACCUACGUUGAACCCGAGGCAGCAGCCGAGCCGAAUGCGCACAAACGUCAGAUUGAUGCUGUACCAGCAGCCGAGGAAGGCGAGGAAGAUGAAGCAGCUCAAAAGCGGCGGCGCAUAGAGGUGUUGGAAAAGUUCAGGGACGUAGAUGCAGACGACAGCAGCACCGAGGACGAAAGUAGCGAUGAAGAGGACGAAGACGAAGAGGACGAAACCGCGGCCCUUAUGCGCGAACUUGAGAAGAUCAAGAAAGAGCGCGCUGCAGCCAAAGCCAAGGAGGAGGCAGAACGCGCCGCAGAAGAGGAAGAACAACGCGAAAUCGACGUCGCCCGAGGCAAUCCUCUGCUCAAUGCGAAAGACUUCACCAUGAAGCGCCGAUGGGACGACGAUGUGGUCUUCAAGAACCAAGCACGAGGCACCGAAGACAGGAACAAGAAGAAGGAAUUCAUCAACGACAUGUUGCGAUCCGACUUCCAUAAGAAGUUCAUGUCCAAAUACAUCCGAUGA